CAACCACAAUACCUACACGAGGGCCGACGCAAAUGAAUGAAAUAUCCAAACUAAUGGAUCAGGGCAAAAGAGUGGCCCUCGAAGUUAAUGAUAAAGGUCAAUACUGUGGAAAAAGCUAUGCGAAGCUCGUAUCCACUCUAGGAGUCAGAUGUCGGCAGACAAUAGGGUUGGCUUAUAAAAACUGGAAAGAAGUCAACCCGACUCUGAAAAAUAAUGUUUGGAAAGACAUUCAGACGGGGUUCAUUGUGCCGGACACCUUCAAACAUGAUUGUCUCAUCCUAGCUGGGAAGUUAAUGAAAGACUUCAAGAAUAGGAUGACAAAAGACAUCAUAAUGCCCGCGUUGAAAGAGAAUGAUCUGGGACGACUGGCACAAGUCCCUGAAAAGCACCCGGAGAUCGACGCUGCUGAUUGGUGCAAAUUUGUUGAAAGUCGACUAACUCCUGAAUUUCUGGAAUUGAGUAAGGUGCAACGUGAACGUUCCUCAAAAAUUCAAUCCAGACAUCGAAGUGGUCGGAGUGGAAUGGUGAACGUACGGGAAGCUGUGAAAAAGGACCUCGAAGUUGCAGAUCCUCCCCGCCACCGUGUUUGGAUUAAAUCUCGCACCAAGAGUAGAAAACUUGUCACUGAUUACGACAAGGAAAUUGCCGAGAAGAUAGCUCAAUUAGAGGAGAAGCUUAGUCAGGGACAAAUUCAGGUCCAGGGCCAAAACGAUAUCCUCACGCAGGCGCUCGGGACACCGCAGCAUCCCGGACGUGUCGUGGCCGCCGGGUAUGCUAUUACUUCAUAUAGGAACGCUGCCGAACAAGAGGAAGAAGGAGAGGUGGCUGGUGAGGCGUAUGUUCCACAACCAUACGCUCCUCAGGAUGAGGUACAACCACAAAUUUAUGCUGAGGAGUUCAUUUCCCUCAACGACCAAGGUAUCCUAUACAAUUUUGAUGACCAUGCGGCCCUUAAUCAGCAAGUACAUCUCUGCUCUGACAACAUCGACAAUAUUGUGGCCCGAGGGUAUUUGUACGAGCAUGUGGGUGUGAUCAAAGUUCACUGCCAGGAUUACGAUGAUUCACAUGCUCGGAUCAUGGUUUCGGAAAUCCUGCAAGAGGACGCUGAAAUCCCAGUCCCACUUGAAGAGUUCAGAUAUGUUAGGGACGUGUACCAGAUGUUCCUUCCUUGGCCUAAACACUUAAUUUUAACAACCGAGGGUCCACUCGCUCAACCGCCCUCAAGACGUGAUGCGUCAAAGGGGAAAGCUCCGAUGCUUUCUCCACAAAGCCGUGGUGCACGGGAAGAUGAGUUGUUCACGGAAGAGAAGAUGGCGUUGAUCCCUAAUUCGCUGAAAUGGAUGAUUCAUGAAUUCCUAAGGCUCAAAGAUAAACGUGAUAUAAUCACAAUUUCUGUCCCCCGAGGAUUCAUUGCACCGCGUACCCGCAUCAUUUUAUCCGGAGAGGAUUUGCAAGCAGUGCAUGGGAUCAGCGAUGAAGAACAGAGUCAGUCUUUUGACGAUGCGGCAAGACGAUUGGCUAAUUGGUUAUCAUUAAUGAACAGCAACCACCAAAUGUUCUUUAUUCCUUGGAAUAUCGGGAUGCAUUGGACGCUAGUGGUGGUUGCGCCAAGGAAAAUUAUCCAUUUAAACCCUCUAAAAGGCCGCCCAAUUCCCGAAGAAAUAGAACAAAUGAUCGGAAGGGCAUUCAUGUAUAUAGGGGACGCACAUCAGUAUCUUGGCCCGUGGCAAGGAAUUGCACAAGCAAACUGUCCAAGACAACCUAAAAGCCAAGAAUGCGGUUUUUAUGUUUUGAAAUAUAUGACUGACAUCGUCGCACGUGCCAACCCCAACCGUUACAUAGAAGAUCAAAAAGCUUUUGGGGGUAAGAAGCAAUACGAUCCAAAAACAGAAAUUUUACCACUACAGCGAAAGUGGAUCGAACAAUUGAUGGCGGUGAUUCACGGUGACGAUUGAGGUUCAAAGGUCGAAGAAUUUUUCUUCAUUAUGUAAUUUUUAUAGAUUAACUUGUAAUUAGAUUUAUUAACUUAUUAAUAUUUUUAACUAAUUUUACAUGUUUGUGUAAUAUUUAAUUAUUUUUAUGAAAUCAAAUUAUGUUUUUACCCAAAUUUAAUUACUAUUUAAUUUAAAAUGUAAUUAAUAUGUAAUUAAAUUAAAUAAAUAUGUAAUUUAAAAUUUAAAUAAAUAUGUAAUUUAAAUUAAAUAAAUAUGUAUAUAAAUUAAUAAAUAUAAAAUUAAAAUAAUAUAAUUAAAUUAAAAAAAAAAUCGAAAAACUGAAAUUCGCGAGACCCUUUA